GUCCCAUAGCUCAACGCGGUGAAUUUCUCAGGGAUAUUUCGCCGAGCCUCAUAUUUGCCGUCUUGCAUGUCUUGUAUACCGUGCAAACAAAGACGAGAAUCAGAUUUUCCGACAUUGCGCGAGAUCUGCCCAUCAAUCCUCCGACAUAGACUGCUUUAUGCGUCGCCUUAUUCCGCUAUUCAUCGUGUAGUAAUCGGUGAAGUGGCCUUCGUUCAGCCAGGACACUUCCAUCCACCGGGAUCAAUACUCGCCUCCACAGCGAGUAACAUAAUUUUGGAACGGAGGAAUUAUCUUAGACUCUGCAUCCUAGAGGCCGGUAUAUCCGAAACGUACCUAUUUAAAAGGUAUCCUCAUGUUAUAUUCUCUUUCUUGCUCUUGCACCUUCAAUUGAAUCUCGUGCUCUUAUAUUCGCAAAGCUUACGGACUAUGAUCAUGACUUCCUCACCCUGCGGUGUACAUCUCGUUGGUUCCAUCUGCGGCGCAGAGACAGCCACAGACUCCUUCAAAAAAUGCGUGACUGCGUUCCCAUCUUGUAUUUAUCGCCUCCCUGAUGGUGAACCGGCCUCGCGGAAUAACUUCAUCGGCUGGCAACGGACCGUCUUCUCUGGCAUCCCAGUCGCGCUGGAGCAAUACGACGCAAAAGGCGAUGUCAUUGAACAACCUAAAGCCUCUCCAUGCGAAGUUGCAGAUGUGAUUAAAAACAUGGCGCCGCUCAAGCUCUGCUAUGACGACUUUGCCUUGGAGAGCUACGCCGAGUUCAAGCGGUUAAAAGACGAGGGAGUAAUUCCCAAAAGCGUGAAAUUCCUAGUUUGUGUACCAACAGUGUACUGCGUCAUGUCCCUUCUGCGGGCUGAAUUUGCCGCCACUGUCGAGCCGAUCUACACGAAUGCCUUGGUGGGAUGUCUCAAGCGGCUGGAGGCUGAGAUACCACACGAGGAUCUCGCAGUGCAGGUUGAUGUUGCGGCGGAGCCAAUGUUGAUUCACGCCAGACCCGGGAAGCGCAUUUACCAUUUUGAUCAGUACUGGGAAGGUGAUGUGUUCACUGGGGCGAUGGAUAGAGUUGCCGCGUUAGUGAGGAGCGUAUCUGGAGAUGUUGAAGUUGGGAUGCAUAUCUGCUAUGGGGACAUGGGCCAUAAGCAUUUCAUUGAACCCGCCGACACAGCAGAUAUUGUGAGAAUUGCGAAUUCUGUCCUUGAAAGGGCACAAAGACCGAUUAACUGGAUACAUUUCCCAGUUCCAAAGGCCAGAGACGAUGAGGCAUACUUCGAGCCGCUACGGGGCUUGAAGGUGGGACAUGAAACGGAACUCUAUGUGGGCCUUGUGCAUCCAAACGACGAAAGUGGAACAAGAAAAAGGCUGGAGACAGCCACAAAAUUCCUCGAAGGGAGGAAAUUUGGUGUUGCAACAGAGUGUGGACUGGGGAGGGCACCGACGGAGGAGUUUGACUCAGUUGCAAGAAUAUCAACAGCUAUAUGUAGUCCUGCAUCCUAAGCUCGAGCUAGAGAUUUUCAUACGAGAUAACAAGGUUAAUAAAAUCACG